UAAACCUCAGAAGAAGAAGUUCAGUUUCACCGCGCUCUCUGUUGUUUUGUUGUGAUGCUGUUUUAAUACAAACUGUUAGAAAUGUUGUUUAUAUAAAUGGAGAAAUACAGUUUUUGAAUCAGGUCAGUAAAUACCUGUAAUAUUCUCAUCCUCAGAGUCGUGACUAAGUGUUGAAGCAAGCAGGAAUAUCUGGAGGAGUAUCAUCUGAACUGAGAUCUGCUGCUGUGAAGAUGGUGUUUGUUAAAGAGGAGAGUGAGGAGGACAUGAUUAAACCAGAACCCUGCAGAAUAAAACACGAGGAACCAGAACCCUGUAGAAUAAAACAUGAGGAACCAGAACCCCGGAGAAUAAAACACGAGCAACCAGAACCAGAACCAGAACCAGAACCCGAAACCUGGAGAAUAAAACAGGAGGAACAAGAAACCUGGACAAUAAAACACGAGGAACCAGAACCCUGCAGAAUAAAACACAAGGAACCAGAAACGUUGAGAAUAAAACAGGAGGAACAAGAAGAGUUGAUUGAAGAAAAAGUGGAGAAUGAAGAAUCGAGUGAAGUUGAGGAGAAAAACAAUGUCAAAACUGGAAAAAAACAUUUGAGUUGCUCUCAAACCAAACGGAAAGAUUUAAUGAACAGAGGAGCCAAGAAAUCUUUCAUCUGCACUCAGUGUGGAAAGAGUCUGACACGCAAAACAAGUCUUGAGCAUCACAUGAGAGUUCAUACUGGAGAGAAACCGUACACUUGUGAUCAGUGUGGGAAGAGCUUCACACAAUCAGCACACCUUAAAGGCCACAUGAACAUCCACACUAGAGAGAAACUGUACACAUGUGAUCAAUGCGGCAAAACAUUUUCGAGGGCUUCAAAUCUGAGAACACACCUGAAAGUUCAUACAAAGGAGAAGCCAUAUUCAUGUCAUUUGUGUGGUAACAGUUUUUUGUGUCUACAAAAUUUUAAAGAACAUCAGAAAAUACAUACUGCUGUGAGAGAGUGUAUGUGCUUUGAUUGUGGGAGGACUUUUACUUCAGCAGAGUGUUUAAAACAGCAUGAGAUGAUUCACACUGGAGAUAAACCUUAUAAGUGUCCACACUGUGACAAGAGAUUCAGUGUGUCAUCACAUCUGAAAACACAUGAGAGGAUCCACACUGGAGCUAAACCUUAUAAGUGUCCACACUGUGACAAGAGAUUCAGUGUGUCAUCAAAUCUGAAAAGACACGAGAGGAUCCACACUGGAGAGAAACUUUAUAAGUGUUCACACUGUGACGUGAGAUUUAUUCAGUCAGGAGACCUGAAAACACAUGAGAUGAUCCACACUGGAGAUAAACCUUAUAAGUGUUCACAUUGUGACAUGAGAUUCAAUAAUUCAUCACAUCUGAAAACACAUGAGAGGAUCCACACUGGAGCUAAACCUUAUAAGUGUCCACACUGUGACAAGAGAUUCAGUGUGUCAUCAAAUCUGAAAAGACACGAGAGGAUCCACACUGGAGAGAAACUUUAUAAGUGUUCACACUGUAACGUAAGAUUUAUUCAGUCAGGAGACCUGAAAACACAUGAGAUGAUCCACACUGGAGCUAAACCUUAUAAGUGUUCACACUGUGACAAGAGAUUCAGUGUGUCAUCAAAUCUGAAAAGACAUGAGAGGAUUCACACUGGAGAAUAACCAUAUCACUGCACUGCAUGUGGGAAGCAUUUCAUUCAAUCAUUAAUAAUAUUUUUGUGGUUUAGGGGUAUCAUAUGUGUUCUGAUCAUUUUUGGAUAAUUUGUUAAGAUGUGAAUGUUAAGAUCCUGGUGAAUGUAAAUGGAUAGAGGUAACAACUAAUUGUUUUAUUUGUUCAUAUAACUGUUUUUAAAAGUUACUGUGUUACCAUAGCAGAUGUACAGAAAACAUACUGUUCUGAGAUGAGAGAAAAUAGAUCAUUUGUUUUCCAAUGCUAUAUCAAAAUACUUAAAUGUGAAUCUUGUAUAAAAGCUGUAUAAACAAUAACAUAUUCACUGUUUGUUGUAUUUGUUUUUAUACAGUAAUUGAUUGAUUCAGUGAUCGUUCAAAUGACUACAAAUUCAGGUUUUCGUCACCACCAUCAGAUGUGUGAAUUCUGUCAGGUCUGGCACCAAAUUUUGAUAAUAUAUGAUUAUGAUAUUUUAUAUUUUUUGAAGAAUUGUUGGUCACGUGAAAGUGUAAUCUGUCUGCUAACAUGAGGAUGUGUUUUGAAAUGUUUAAACACCUUGAUCUCUGUUAAAGUUAAAAUUAUAUUACACAGUCCAAGGUACAAAGCACAUUUUGAUAAAAGAGGAAAGUUGGGAUGUUGAAUCAAUAUAGA